CUUGUUCCUCCGCUCGGGCCCCGAACCGACGAGCCUGCGUGAUACGAAGACCCGUUGAGUGCGCGCCCGUUGCUCAAUUUCUACGAAAACCGCCGCUGGCGCUGAACAUCCCGGACCCAUUUCUUUGCGCCAGUGAGUGAUGGCCCUGCGUUUGAGGAGCAGCAAGGAUGUCAAGAAAAGCUCGUACUACGUUUGGUACUUGGGCGCGAGGGAGGCCAAAGGGGUGGACGCGAUGCCCGGUGCCAUAGCUUACCUGCUCGAGCGGGAACGACUUCAGGAGCCUUUCAAGGUCACGCUGCAGGUGAGCAACAAGGGGCUAAAGAUCAUACAAACCGUCCACCCGGGUGGCUCGACGAGGUCUGCUGUCAAGCAUUUGGUACCAGGACACGCUGUGCUGGCGGCUGUGCAACGGGAAGACGUCGUCGCAGCGACUCUUCUGCUUCCAAAUCCAGCCACCAACAAUCCUGUUCACGUGCACGCAUACAGAUGCGACUCGGUCGAGACAGCCGAAUUGUUGGGCGGCCAGUUGAAAGCACUGGCGUCGCACACCGACAAUUUGGCCAGGGUCACCUCGUUGGAAAGAGUUCGCAGUAAUUUAGGCAGCGACGGCAGGAGCACCAGGGAGUCCGAGUCAUCGGAGGGUAGCGGUGAACUCAGACACGAUCCCGUGCAGACGACCACGAUAUACGAGUCACUGGCUGCGGAGCUGCGCGCCAAACUGGGCAGAGGGAAUUCAGGGGACAACGACGUUGGGCCAAUCCUCCUGCCUCCACGGGAUUACGAUACCGUCCACAGACACCGUGGUAAUCUCGCUGGCAUCGAGUUCAGGCGUUGCUUGAACCAAACGAUCGUAGGUGGUAGUAUCACGGUUGACAGAGGCGGCACAAGAAGCGCUGCCAGCAGCGGAAUAGGCUCGGACAGCGCCGCUACGCCCCCGCCUUAUCAGAGCCAUCAUCCUUUGGGCCCGAGACCGUCUAGACCUUCCAGAGAUUCAUCCUCGGACGACGACUGGGGUGCGCCGACAGACGAGAAUGACUAUCUCCCGGAGCCAGAGACAACGGCGACCAGUUUAACGCUGCCACGGUUGCCGAGAAGCCCAGAACGGUUGCCCAGCCAGGUGAUCAGAGGCGUAUCGCCGAGUUGCAACAGAAGCCGCAGGGCCCCAGAAUUCAGACAACGGUCACCGAGCCCCCAAUACCAGCCCAGAAUGAGCCCCGGCGAGGUGACCAGCCCCAGGGAGAGAUUCCAGGAUGCGAAGGAAAUGUUUCGAGCCAUGGAGAGAGAAGCAAUCGCCAGACCUGUCCUUUCGAGGCAGAGAGAAGUUGAAAAUCAUCUCGUUCAUAGGGUUGAGUCGGCCAGGCAGGCGGACGAGGAUCAACCGGCUCGGCAGCAUCCAGCGAGCAACAGUUCAACGACUGCCCACGAACACCUGAUCAGACGAAAUCAUUCGGAAGUAUCGGAACGAGAGAACGAUAUUUCUUAUAGAGCCAGGCCGCGGCCACGAACCCAUCAUUAUGCGAUGGAACGCCCACCGGAGCAAGAGGUCUCGAGGCCCCGGCCGAGGAGCUUCUACGAAAACCCAGCGGUUGGACGAGACAUCCGAGAUCAAAGGAACGUCGUUGAUCCGAGAGAAAUCCGGGACUUCCGAGACCGAGCGCACGUGCGGGAGAUACGCGAAAAGGUGAGGGCCAGGGCGACGACUUACCAGGAGCUGUCCGAGCACGAACGGUACCCUGGACUGGAUCGCGACAGCGCCAGGCCACCCCUGGAAAUCGUGCCCACGCCGGGCAGAUACCGGCACAGCUACGCCGAGCCACCGAGACUCGGUCUGGCGGCGUUGCAUCCCUACUGA